CCGAUUACUUCUUCUUGGAGACGAUAAGCUCCACCAAUGGCUUCUCUUCUCAAUCUCUUCAAAUCAUGUAGACCCUUUUCUCCUUCCUUCCCCACCUCUCACUUCACUUCCCGUCUCCCUCUCAGACCCGGAAAGCUAACUCAACCCCGUCGCUCUUUCACUCCUCUCUCAUCAUCAACAAACCCAAUAACAGAGUCUGUAGAUCCCACUCCCACCCUAAAGGACCAGCUUUGGUUGCACAACACAAUGAGUCGUAAGAAAGAGCUGUUCAAACCCAAAGUCAAAGGCCAAGUUGGAAUGUACGUUUGCGGCGUCACUGCUUAUGACCUCAGCCACAUUGGUCACGCUCGCGUCUACGUCACUUUCGAUGUUCUCUUGAGGUACCUUAAGCAUCUAGGUUAUGAAGUCUCUUAUGUCCGAAACUUCACUGAUGUUGAUGAUAAGAUAAUUGCUAGAGCCAAUGAGUUAGGGGAAGAUCCAAUCAGUUUAAGCAGACGGUUCUGUGAGGAGUUUAAUAGAGAUAUGGAACAGCUUCAGUGUUUAGAUCCUUCUGUUGAGCCACGUGUCUCUGAUCAUAUACCUCAGAUUAUUGACCUGAUCAAGCAGAUUAUUGAUAAUGGCUAUGCGUAUGAAGUUGAUGGAGAUGUUUACUUCUCAGUGGAUAAGUUUCCAACGUACGGAAAAUUGUCUGGGAGAAAGUUAGAAGAUAACCGUGCUGGCGAGAGAGUGGCUGUUGACACAAGGAAGAGACACCCUGCAGAUUUUGCUCUGUGGAAAACUGCAAAAGAAGGGGAAGUCUUUUGGGAGAGCCCUUGGGGGAGAGGAAGGCCUGGUUGGCACAUAGAGUGCAGUGCAAUGAGUGCGGCUUAUCUAGGUUAUAGUUUUGACAUACAUGGUGGAGGGAUGGAUCUUGUGUUCCCUCACCAUGAAAAUGAAAUUGCUCAGAGCUGUGCUGCUUGUGAUAGUAGUGAUAUUAGCUAUUGGAUUCAUAAUGGUUUUGUUACUGUUGACUCUGAGAAGAUGUCUAAAUCUUUGGGGAAUUUCUUCACAAUCAGACAGGUUAUAGAUCUUUAUCAUCCUUUAGCUUUGAGACUGUUUCUAAUGGGAACGCAUUACCGGUCUCCAAUCAAUUACUCUGAUUUCCUCCUCGAGAGUGCUUCUGAACGUGUUUUUUAUAUUUAUCAGACAUUACACGACUGUAAAAGCGUUUUAGGCGAGAAAGAUUCAACGUUUGACAAUGGUUCAGUUCCUUCAGACACUUUGACAAGCAUCAACACUUUCCGUAGUGAAUUUGUUACCUCGAUGUCUGAUGAUCUUCUUACACCUGUUACUCUGGCUGCAAUGUCAGAACCACUGAAAACCAUCAACGAUCUCAUUCACACCCGAAAGGGGAAAAAGCAAGCAAGAAGAGAAGAGUCACUUAAGGCUCUAGAGACAACAGUCAGAGAAGUUCUUACUAUAUUAGGACUUAUGCCCACAAGUUACUCAGAGGUUCUUGAGCAGCUAAAAGAGAAGGCACUAAAGCGCGCUAGACUGAAUGAGGAAGAUGUGUUGCAGAGAGUGAAGGAAAGGACAGAGGCGAGGAAGAAUAAAGAAUACGAAAGAUCUGAUGCAAUUAGGAAAGAGUUGGCAAAUGUUGGGAUUGCUUUGAUGGAUAGUCCUGAGGGAACAACUUGGAGACCAGCCAUUCCUCUUGCCCUUCAAACCUGCAACUACGACUUGAGAUUUUAAAACUAUAUUUUAUAUUCUCUGUUCUUUUGGUUUUAGUGGGUUCUAUGUAUUUUUGUAUCAUUUUUGUUGAUUUCGACUAGAGUCUAAAGAGUAACAUUGGAUUCUUGUUUUACUAUUCAUUUUUUUUAUAUGAAUUUAGCCAUGGUUAUGCUCAGU